GUGUUUUCGUAUUAAUAAUGGAGAAAAUCACAGAAGAGAGAAAGAAAGAGAUCAAGGAGAUCCAGAAGGUCAGAGAUGAGCUUCUAGAAGAAGACCCAGAGCUACAAGACUUCUUCUCACAUCCACUCAAUUCCAUCCAGAUCACACCUGAAUUACUUGCUAAUCCAGCAUAUCAAGGAAUUCAAUCGCUGAUUUAUGAUGGAGAGCCUGAAGAGAUCGCUCAGAACUUCUUGAAAGCAGGAAAGGAAAGACUUAAGGAGGCUACAGAAGAGCAGGAUCCAAAGAAGUCAGCCUUAAAGCUGGCAAAUGCUAUGAAUUGCUUUACCAAAGGAAUUGCUGAAGAGUGCAAAGACAAAGAAAUCAACUAUGAACUUCACUUACUAAUGGCUAGGUGCGAGUUCCAGCAAAAGAACUAUGGCAAGUUAAAGGAGCAUGUAGAUCAAGCUCUCAAGAAUAAAGAGACAGCCCAACUUUAUUAUUACGGGGCUAUCAGCAGGUUAAACACUGAGAAAUGGGAUGACUGUGUAGAGUACUGAAAAGGAUGUCUGAAAAUAGAAGAUAGCCACGAGAAAUGUAGAGAGCUUAUGAAAAUUGCUCUCGUGAAACAGAUGAAAGAAAAGAAGAAAAUGGAAGAAAUGGCAUUGAUUAAUAAAUUAGAGAAUGAAAAGAUGCAGAAACUUUAUUAUCUUAUCAAGAGUUAUGGCAUCAAGAUCGGAAGCAAACUUCAUUUCCUUCCUGAAGACAUUGGAGCAAAUUUAUACAUUGAUGAGUAUAAUAUUUUACACUUCCCAGUUAUAAUUCUGUAUGAUGAAUUCAUGCAGUGAGAUUUUAUUCAAGAUUUUGGGAUGAAUACUACUUUCAGAGAGCAAUUGUCUCAAGUCCUUUCACAACCAGCACCUUGGGACCCAGAACAUCGCUAUAAGAUAGAUGCAGUAGAUGUUUUCUAUGAAACUAAUAUCACAGCACCUCUUGAUGCUGAUGAGAAAAUAGUUGAAGGUGAUAAAUAUGUCAAGGUAGACUUAGACUCUGAACUCCUCCCAGUUCUGCAAGAUGAGAAGCAUGUUGUUCCUCAGUAUCCCAUCUUCGUAGUAGUAGCAAAGGAUUUCAAAGAUUAUGCGAAAUAUACAAGUUAGUGAAGUGUAAAUUUUAUCUAUAUAUUUUC